AUGGCGUCUCCAUUCUUGGGAGUGUAUACUGCUAGUUACGCGUACACUCCCCAGGGAGAAGGGGAACUGGCCUUAGAAGAAGGUGACCUUCUCUAUGUCCUGGAGAGAUCUGACGAUGAUUGGUGGAAAGUAAAGAAGAAGGUCAACAACUCUGAUGAUGAUGAGCCUGUCGGCCUUGUGCCUGCCACUUAUAUUGAGGAGACCAAACCUGUCGGUAAAUACAAGGCGCUAUACGAAUAUGCUCGACAAACAGAGGAAGAGAUAUCCUUCGACGAGGAUGUAAUUCUGGAUGUAUAUGACGCUACGGAUCCAGACUGGUGUCUUGUAGGUCGUAAUGGUGAAUAUGGAUUCGCUCCGGCAAACUACAUCGAGAAGCUAGAGGGACACGAUGCGGAUGAUGCGCAUGGUGUAGAAGAUACUGUACCCUCACCUGCUUCUGAGCACGCCCCGGUAGCUGCAGCAGCUGCAAUAGUUAAGCAUGUUGCGUUUUCUGCUCCCCCAAAAGAAGAUUCACCACCACCCCCUACUCCUCCUAGACCUGUAUCAGAAGAUUCACGCCCUCGCGAGCUUCCUUCUGCCAAUCUUGCCAGUAUUAUGCAGCAUAGGCCAAAUCAACACUCCGUAUCUUCUAACAGAUCCCCUUUGGCUUCACCAACACUGGCAGCACCACCGCGAGAGUCAGCUUCAGAGCGACAUCAUGACCGCGGCUCGGAACGUAGAUCAAAGCCAGCGCCUACCUUUGCGCAUUCGGAUUCUGAAUCCGAUGGACCCUCGCUUCCUGUCCGGCGUCCCGGUCAGCCCAGAUAUGCAGGGGAGAAUACCCAUAGCGCUGAUGACACAUAUGCAAUUCCUCCAGGAUUCCAGACAUAUCCAGUUCAAGAGGUUGAUGAGAAGAAGAAGAAGCGAGCUGCCACAUUUGGAAUCGGGGCUACUCGUGUUAUUCUCUUGCCUGAUAAGAGCAGCCGUCCAAGAGAGGAGUGGUCUGUACAGCACCUUAAGGGUUAUAACUCAGAAGGAAAACAUGUUUUUAUCGAUUUGGAACAACCAACUCGCAAUUUAGAUCUUCACGCUGGUUCUAAAGAUGCAGCAGAGGAUAUUAUCAAUGCACUUUCAGAAAUUCGAGGCGCGUAUAAACAGGCCGGCCUCGAUGAAGUCGUCGCAGCGGCGACAGGUGGAAGGAAGAAAGACAUCGGAACUAUUCUUUACGAUUUUCAGGCAAAGGGUGACGACGAAGUUUCGGUGAUUGUUGGCGAUGAAGUUGUUAUCAUUGAUGCUACUAGCGAGGAAUGGUGGCUAGUCGAGCGGAGAGUUAACGGGGAACGAGGGGUAGUACCAGCUAGUUACAUCGAAAGGGGAAGAAAUACGGCUAUCACACCGGGGAUCAUGGCCUCUCCGGCCGACCCUCGAGAUAGAGUUAGGUCGCAGCACUCAAGCAGUGGUAAUGGAGGACGAAGUACUGGGAUACCUACGAGGACGAGCAGUUUGGCCGGAAACCAACACAGGCCGGAAGGCAGGAGAAGUAGACCAGACAGUACCACAGGCUCUGAUAGGGCACAAGCCACGUCCGGAAAACAGAGUAGGCUUCAACCAUCUCGUUCACGUUAUAGAAAGUCUGGGGCUUGGGGUGCAGUCCUGCUGACAGCUACAAUCACAGAGCCAGAUAGUUCUCAGGUCCGCCAGUGGACCGAUCGCACAGGGAACUUUAAAGUUGAGGCGCAGUUUAUUGGAUACAACGAUGGCAAGAUAAACCUUCACAAAAGUAAUGGAGUUAAAAUUGCAGUACCUGUGGGUAAGAUGUCACUAGAAGAUUUAGAAUACGUGGAAAGAAAGACUGGUAUCUCUUUGGAUGAGGUUAAACCCGUGAGUGCCUUCACGGCGAAGAAUCGGAAGCCACAAACUGGUAUUAGUUUUGAGACAAGCAAAUCUGCGCCAGCGUCAUCUGCAUCGCCUUCACUUCCAUCCUCUACGUCCCCGACGAAACAAACCAACGGAGGCUACGACUGGUUUGAAUUCUUCCUGAGUUGUGGUGUGGAUGUAAACGACGUUCAGCGGUACGCAACAGCCUUCGAAAAGGAUAGAAUGGACGAAUCGGUUUUGGAAGACAUCCAGCCGGAAGUCAUGAGAAUGCUUGGGCUAAAAGAAGGUGAUAUUUUACGGGUAAAUAAAAAGCUGGAUGAGAAGUAUGGAAGAAAAAAGAAGAAUGUCGCACACUUUGACGAAGACAGGGAAGAGGGCUCAGGAUUGUUUUCAGGUCCUGGUGGUACCUUGAAGAACAAUACACGAAAAGGAAGACCAGCCCCAGCGGUACAGACACCAGGUUCGGUGGACCCGGAAGCUUUCAAACAAAAGAACGAUUCAAAAUCACCAAGGGCCUCUCCGGCACCUGCUUCUCAGACCCCACCUCCUGCUCAACCUGCUGAAAAGGUGGCUGGUGGUUUUGAUGAUGACGCAUGGGCACCAAAGCCGACCACUUUGAAGCCAGAAUCACCCGCACCUCCUCCACAGCCCCCUCGUGUAGCCUCCCCAGCAACGCAGCCAGCCCCUGUACAACAGCCAGCGCCUACUGGGGCCAUGGGCGACUUGCUAUCAUUGACUACCCCUCCAUUACAACCAACUAUCGCAAGUCCUCCUCCUCAACCUGUUCCUGUUCAGCCUGCUCCUGUUCAACCCACCCCACAAAUCCAACAACCUCCAGUAACACAACCUCCUCCGUCAUUUAUGACCAGCCAGGCCACUGGUAUCAAUUAUGGAGCUGGUAACAUUCCAUUGGCUCCCCCUAUCCCAAACCAGUUUGGAAACCAGUUCACUGGGGUCAAUCAGCCCCAGAACCAGUACACGGUGGGAAGGCAGCGACCUAUGGCGCCAACUAUGACAGGCACAAGCGGGUUAUCAAUACCCCCUCCUCCGCAAAGGCCAGGAUCGGCGCCCCAGAACUUCACCCCUGGCAUGACCUUGCCUCCACUCACACCCUCUUUCACGGGUCAGCCUGGUAUGAUGUCCAGUUACGGACAAAUGGGAGCACAGCCAAUGCAAUUCCAAAACAUGGGCAUGACGGCCCCUAUGGCAAUGCAACCUACGGGGCAAAUGUACCAGAACAUGAACAAUGGCAUGAUGCCUCAAAACACAGGAAUGCCAUACAUGAAUAUGGUCAGUCACGCCACAGGCGGGAUUCAGCAGCCUAUGCCACAUAAUCCAUUACAAGCCCCGCUCAUCAAUCAACCAACGGGACAAUUGCAGAGCUUCGGCCAACAGCAACAACUUGGCUAUAUGUCAGGGCAGCCUACCAUGAACGCUGGAAGAGGUAUGGGUGUUAAUUCACUCUUGCCACCGCCAUUGGUACCCAAUGCAACUGGUGCUCAACAACAAUUUACAGGGGCUAGGCCCCUAGUUGCACAACCAACCGGACCCCCGCCCAAUGUGAAAUUCGGGGUUAAUUCAGCGAAAAAGCUAGUGCCACAACCGACAGGAAGGGCAGAUUUGACUAAAGCUACUCCGGACAACCCAUUCGGAUUUUAA